AUGGCAACCCAACACCAACUUCAUGUGGUGAUGUUCCCUUGGAUUGCACACGGCCAUAUAACACCCUUUCUAGAGGUGACCAAGAGACCCCUCUCAUAUGAAUUCAGAAUUUCCUUUGUCUCCACUCCACUUUACAUUGCAUGGAUUAAAAAGCGGAUAGCGCCUGGUAUUGAGCUGAUUGAGCUCCCAUUGCCAUCUGUAGAUGGCCCGCCCGUAGGCGUUGAGUCCACCGUAGGUUUAUCCGAGAUAGGAGGAAAAGACUUAAUACCGUUGCUCUUCCAAGCCCUAGAUCUUUGCGAACAAACCUUCGCGACACUGCUGAAACUGCUUUCUCCAGAUUUGGUCAUACAUGAUACGACGCUGUAUUGGACUCCUCUAGUUGCCGCCAAGCUGGGCAUUCCCACAAUAAAUUUCACGGUGAUUAGCAUGACGUCCAUGAGUUUCAUAAUAGGUCAACAAAGGCACGGACUGCCCGAAAUCUCCACGUCUAGCGAUCUCUCCUCUGUGAUCAUCAACAACCGACUCUUAGAAGCGCAGAGUCUGCUGCCCUUGUGUCCAAACAAGCAACAUGGUAUUUGUCAAGGCCUCAGCUUCAUGGACCGCCUUUGCGUCUCUGUGGAGGAAAGCUGGGCAACGGUUUGCAAUACUUGCCUAGAGUUGGAAGGCAAAUUUAUGGACUAUUUUCAGAGAAGCACCGGGUGA